AUGAAUCAAAUAAACUACUCGUUCCUACUUGUUAUACUUUACGUUACGUCACUUUCAACAUCACCAUUGACUACAAGUGAUAUUACAAUGACAAGACGUAUGAUGGAGCUUACAGGAACUGAAACAAACAAUUUAGCAAUGACUGUGACAACUGACAAUGGAACUGUACCAAUUGUGGAAGAAAUGAAUGUUACCGAUUCAUCGGAAUUGGUAACUGUCCAAGAAAGUGCAAAACGUCUAAAAAGGGAUGUGGGAAACUUAGAAGCAAUUGAUGAUAGUGUUGAAAGUCGUAUUAUGAUAGAUGCAAAUGGAGAGGAUUUCAACCUCACUUCAAUGUCUUCCAAUAUUGCACCAUUGACGAAUGCAUCAGAGAUAAGAACAUUCAUGGAUGGUGAUGGUAUUAUGGAUGAAGUUACAACUGUACUACCACGAGAGGAGACAGUACUGAAGCAACUAUCAUCGACAUUACCUUCAACAACUUCAACAGUUCAACAAUCGACCGGUACCCGAGGUGAGGCAAAGAGUGGCGCCAUCUAUGAAAAAACUGAUGGGGUACGGAAAAGAUGUCAACUGCACGCAGACUGUUACGGCUUGCGUGAACCAAAAGUAUGGAGUGAUUUGAAAUUUGGAAGUUGGACGUAA